AUGACAGAAGAAAGAGAUAAUAGUUCGUUUCACUGUGUGGACGCAGUUGUGUAUGAUUCCAAGAAAAAGAAGAAUCCUGCUUUUGAUUUGCCUCAAGAACAGAUAGAAGAUGAUUUAAAAGGGAAGAAAAUGAAAAUUACUUUUGAUGGAGUGAAGCUGGUUUACAACAAGCAGACCAUCCUUGUCACUGACAUGAUCGCUGUAGCAUCAUCGAAAGCGAAGGAAAUCAUUGUCCAUUCGCUGCCUCGCAUUGGAGAAGGAUAUCGUGACCGAUAUUGGAAAAAAUCUCGAAUUGUUUUUUCGUCGAAGAAUCAAUCUUCUGAGUGGUUUGAUAUUCUAAAUAAGGCGAUCGAGAACGAUCGGUGUCAACAUCAGAACUGUCGAGGUCCUAUCGUCGAAUUUCAGAACGAUAUGCGAUUCAAACGUGUUCGUGUGAUUCUCAAUCCGCAUGGAGGAAAGGGAGAUGCCCAGCAAGUCUUCAAUCAGCGCGUUCUUCCCCUUUUCCAAAUCGCCGGCAUUCAAUGCGAUAUCGAAAUCACAAAAUAUGCAGCCAACGCAAAGGACAUGGCUCUCACCCACGAACCCGAUAAAUACGAAGGCGUUCUCCUCGUUUCCGGCGAUGGACUGGUCAACGAGUUCGUCAACGGAUUAAUGCAACGCGUGGAUUGUUGUUAUGCCAUCUACAACACGCCCAUCUGCCAUAUUUCCGCGGGAACGCAGAACCAGAUCGCGGGAGGCAUGGGAACGCGCUGUUUUGAAACCGCCGCGUAUUGUAUCAUCAAAGUAUCCCCGCGGUUUUUUUUCCAAUUCUAG